AUGUGGCGCCCCCUGCUGGCCAAGGCGCGCAGCACAGUGAAGACCUCUGCUGCUGGUCGCUGUUGUCUCACACGCUGCGCUGAAGCUGCUGCUAUAGGGACUAAAAUGGCGCUUACUUCGCAAGGAACAAAGAAAAAAGUUUGCUACUACUAUGACGGUGAUGUUGGAAAUUACUACUAUGGCCAGGGGCAUCCAAUGAAACCUCACAGAAUUCGUAUGACCCACAACCUGUUACUGAACUAUGGCCUGUACAGGAAGAUGGAAAUCUACCGUCCACACAAAGCUAGUGGAGAAGAAAUGACCAAGUAUCAUAGUGAUGAUUAUAUUAAAUUUUUGCGCUCCAUCCGCCCAGACAACAUGUCCGAGUACAGCAAACAAAUGCAGCGGUUCAACGUGGGCGAAGAUUGUCCAGUCUUUGAUGGUUUGUUUGAGUUCUGUCAGCUCUCAGGAGGCGGUUCAGUUGCUGGUGCUGUAAAACUGAACAAGCAGCAAACGGAUAUAGCGAUCAACUGGGCCGGAGGACUGCAUCAUGCCAAGAAGUCUGAAGCCUCAGGGUUCUGCUACGUCAACGACAUUGUCCUUGCCAUUUUGGAGUUAUUGAAAUACCAUCAGAGAGUUUUGUACAUCGAUAUUGAUAUCCAUCAUGGUGAUGGUGUGGAAGAAGCCUUUUACACAACAGAUCGCGUCAUGACUGUGUCCUUUCACAAGUAUGGCGAGUAUUUUCCUGGCACUGGAGACCUCAGGGACAUUGGUGCUGGUAAAGGCAAAUACUACGCAGUCAAUUACCCACUGCGCGAUGGCAUUGAUGACGAGUCUUAUGAGGCCAUUUUCAAACCAAUUAUGGCAAAGGUGAUGGAGAUGUACCAACCCAGUGCAGUGGUUCUUCAGUGCGGAGCUGACUCUUUGUCGGGAGACAGACUGGGAUGCUUCAACCUCACCAUUAAAGGCCAUGCCAAGUGUGUGGAGUACAUGAAAAGUUUCAACCUCCCAUUGCUAAUGCUGGGAGGAGGUGGCUACACUAUUCGAAAUGUGGCGCGUUGCUGGACGUACGAGACCGCAGUGGCUCUUGAUGCUUCUAUACCUAAUGAGCUCCCAUACAAUGAUUACUUUGAGUACUUUGGGCCAGACUUCAAGCUGCACAUCAGCCCCUCUAACAUGACAAACCAAAAUACUAAUGAUUACUUGGAGAAGAUCAAGCAACGUUUGUUUGAAAACUUGCGCAUGUUACCUCACGCCCCGGGAGUACAGAUGCAGGCCAUUCCCGAAGAUGCGGUUCAAGAAGACAGUGGCGAUGAAGAGGAAGAGGACCCCAACAAGCGCAUAUCUAUCCGUGCUCAUGACAAGAGGAUAGCAUGUGAGGAAGAAUUCUCCGACUCCGAAGACGAGGGCGAAGGUGGCCGCAGAAACGUAGCAAGCUACAAGAAACCCAAGCGACCAAAAACUGAAGGCGAGAAGGAGGGAGACGAGAAGGAGAAAAAGGGGCAGGAAGAAACAGAAGAAGUGAAAGAGGAGGAGAAGGAGCCUGAGGAUGAAAAGAUGGACACUUCAAAGCCCAAAGAGGAGUCAAAAACACCCUGA